CAAUAUCAUUACGGUUUAGGGUUUCAAAUCCCCGAACAGCUGCAAUAACCUCUAAACAAUGGCCUGCACAAUAGAUUUCCGCCGUCUCGACGAAGGAUUCGGCGGCAAAACCUACAAGCGCAAACGCGAAUCCCAAUCCCAAUCAAUCACCGCAUCCCAAAAUGAACAAAACGACGCCGCAUCAAUGGAAAUCGACGCCUUCCCGCCAUCAGCAAAACGAUCGGCCGUAUCAUCAUCAGAAAAUCCAGACAAACCAGUGUACGGCAAGCCGACAUACGACGGAGUAAUAGCCGGAAAAGAAUCAGGCCGCAAAUGGAAGCAAGUCCGAACUCAACGCGCCUCCGCGAAGCACGUGAGCAUAAAAGGCACGAGUCUCGAGGAGCGAGUGAUGCAGAAGGAGAUCAAGAAAGCGUACAGGGAAAGAAUGAAUGAGUUGAAGGAUGAGAUUAAGAAGAAUAAGCAAGAGAAGAGGAAAAAAAGAGAGGAGCGGGAGAAGAAGAAGAAGGAGAAUAUAUUGAGAUCUGGUACUAAGUUGCAGAUUAUUUCUAACCCUAAAACUUUGAAGAAGAUUGCUAAGAGUAAAGAUAGGAAGCUGCUUAAGGUUGUGUCUGAUGAUCUUGUUAACAGAAACAAGAAGAAGAUUGAUAUUCAGAAUUAGGGUUUGUUCUUGUUUUCAUUUGAGUAAUCCUUAAUUUCUGUAAGAGUUUUAAGAUUUUGGCUUUAAUUUAUUGUGAGAGUAUUUUCCAUGUUUUCUUAACCUAAUUUGAUUGGAUUUCUCAUGUAUCAGGCAAAAUGUUGCAAUCUAUCAAUAUAAUUUAGAAAUGUAUUAUUGAA